AUGCCCGGAGCCCAAGAAAUCGCAAGCGCGAUACUCAAAGCCACUGAGAAUGACAUCGUCCCCUUGACAGCAAAGCAAGUGUCUCAGGGCUCCAAGCUCUUCGGAGCAGCCAUUCUAGACAGGAAAUUGCUGUCGACAGUCAUAGCAGAGACGAACAACGAGCGAGAAUCGCCGUUGCUGCACGGUGAGAUCAAUUGCAUCCAGCAAUUCUUCAAACUACCAAAAGAAGGACGGCCAGAGACGAAAGAUUGCGUAUUCUUUGCGACCCAUGAACCCUGUUCGCUAUGUCUGAGUGGGAUUACAUGGUCUGGGUUCAACGAGUUCUACUACAUGUUCACCUACGAAGAUAGUCGCGAUCUCUUCGGAAUACCUUACGACAUCGAUAUUCUCCAGUCCGUAUAUCAGGUUGCCUCACCUGGAGACACUGAGGAGACACUUGCGACUAAACCCCUUUACAACCGCAAGAAUAAGUUCUUCACCGCACGAUCACUUGCUGAGUUGAUUGAUUCUGUGGAAGAUGAGGAAUCACGAUCGAGCUUGAAGACAGAUCUGGCACGUGUGAAGAAAUUGUAUGAUUCGCUGAGUCAGACGUAUCAGGAUGGGAAGAAGACGGGCACGGCAUCGAGUAGUUUCUUCGCAUAG